UUUGCCCUCAUUACAUGGCAGAGAAAGUAGGGACCAUUGGCAGUUAUUUGUUCUUUCAAUGAAGAGCAACACUGUUGUCUUUUUAUGCUCCCUCCAUUACAAACUUGGGAAAGAAAUGAAGAAGAUGAUGGACUUGGCAAUGAAAACAUAUCAAAAUGUAGUCUUACAAAAGCAUGGAUAUAAGCUCAAGGAUCCCACAUGGAUUGAGCCAAAGAGUCAUAGACAACCGGUGAGGACGAACUUGUGCGGUCUAUAUGUCAUGAGGCACAUGCUCAAUAUUAUUACAUUAGGCAUGACCGAAUUUACAAAAGAGGUUCUACCUCUAAGACUGAGCAGGGAAAGGAAUCGAACAAGGACUAGUAGAUUUGCUACAUCAUAAAUAGUAAUGCUUGAUUUUGGUUUGAGUGGUGUACAUAAACUUGUUAUACGAUAUUAUACGUUGUCAACUAGGAAUGCAUACCAUUUUGAUUGGUUGCACUUGCUUUAUGCUAUGUUAUUUUGUAUUUUAGCCCAAUAUUGUAUAUGAGGUGAAU